AUGCCUAACCCGACUGGACCAGCUGAUGAGGUUGUCUCUAGCCCUGACCCAUCUGAAAACCUCCUGAUUGGCGAGAUCCUAACAUACUGGCUGACCCUGCUCUCUGUGGACAAAACUUCUUCAAAUGCCCUGGCUAACCAUACUGAUAACACGAUGGAGCCUGACCACUAUUCUGAGGUUGGCUUAAAGAACGAGCAAACGGAGACUGUGGCCCACCCUUUUGUCCACACUCCAAAGCUUUGUGACCCAGCUGGCUACAUCGAUAACACGCACCACGGGUUUAUCCUGUGUUCCCUGAACUUCUACCCAUCACAGAACCCGAAGACUUGCCCUAGACAAGCUGGAAACGAGGAAGGCAACCUCAAUAGGUUUUUCGAGGAUGUCGAGAAUGUCAAGGAAGACAUGAGAGACGUUAAAAAACUCUACAAGAAGUUGCAGGAAUCCAAUGAAGAGAGCAAAACUAUCCACAAUGCCAAAACCAUGAAGGAGCUUCGAGCCAGAAUGGACUCGGAUGUUAGCCAGGUCUUAAAAUGGGUCAAGGUCAUCAUGAAGAAGCUUGAAGGUCUAGAACAGUCUAAUGCAGCUCACCGUAAACUUCCCCGUUGCGGUCUAGGGUCAUCUGCGGAUCGAACUCGGAUUUCUGUAGUUAGUGGUUUGGGAAAGAAACUCAAGGACAUAAUGGAUGAUUUUCAAGGGUUGAGAGGCAAAAUGGCGGAUGAAUACAAGGAAACAGUGGAGCGAAGGUACUUCACUGUCACGGGACAGAAGGCGGAUGAAGACACCAUUGAGAAUCUGAUAGCAAGAGGGGAAAUUCUGAUAUAUGGUGUAGCGUAA